UCUCUGUCCCACCUUUCCUUUCGCGAUGCUCUGGAGGCCGCCGUUGCCAUCGACAAGCUACUCACAUCUACUUGUCUGACAGUCUUGGGUAGUAGCUGGUGCUGUUGUGUUAUUCAGAGCCCGGCAUGGAGUCUGCAACUGCUGAAGCACCGCCGAUCCCACGCAAGCCAGCAUGUGUUCUUUGCAAAUCACGGAAAGUCAAGUGCGAUCGUGAAAGCCCGGCAUGCGGAGGUUGCGUCAAGCUAGGCGCAGAGUGUGUGCCACGCGAGAACUCGAAGACCCGGAACAGGAAGAAGCCCAAUGUUGAACUUCAGCGAAGAUUGGCGCGGUGCGAGGAACUACUUCAACAGUUCGUGGCUGCAGAAAAGCGCGAGGGGAGUAGCGACAGUACUCGUACAGAGCCGAGUCCGAAAAGCGAUACAAGUACGAAGAGCGAGACUCAAGAUCGGAGCCGAGACCAAGAAAUGCAAGCUCCUGAGAACUCUCUCGGAAAGCUCGUUAUCGACAAUGGGUCUGUCAGAUUUACAGAUAGCACCAUUUGGGCUACGGUGUUUGAUGAGUUACAAGCCAUGAGAGCAGCCGUGGAUAAUGCCGACAGUCCUUCGAGCCUGCCAAGCCUACCCGAAGCAACAAUUCAACAACCGUCCAUUGCAAACGACGCAGGCAUCAUGAACGCAAGAGAGCCUAGAUCCGGCAAUCCUCAGCCUCUACAUCCACCUCCGAGUCAUGCUAUGCUGCUAUGGCGGAUGUUCCUAGAUCGAGUCAACCCGAUAACGAAACUCAUACACGUUCCCUCUGCGCAACGCCAUCUGGUCCAGGCCAUGACGACUCCGCCAUCCUUACCGCGAGACAUGGAAGUUUUGUUCUUCUCGAUCUAUGCAUGUGCUGUUGGUUCGAUGAGGCAAGAGGAGUGCACCAGGUUACUGGGUCAGUCCAGGAUAGAGCUGUUGAACCGCUUUUCAAGGACCUUGCGAACGGGGCUUUAUCGUGCGCGCUUCUUGGAGAAGCCCACUCUUUUAUUAUUGCAAGCACUUGUACUUCAACUGAUAGCGAUUCCAGAUCGAGAGAGCGCCCACGCGAACUGGGUCAUGAGCGGCGUCUGUAUUCGAAGUGCCCAACGGCUCGGACUACAUCGAGAUGGUUCGCAACUGGGGCUUUCUCCUUUCGAAACAGAGCUACGAAGACGCGUCUGGUGGCACAUUGUCCUACUCGACUUUCGGUUCGCCAUGGCUUCCGGUUUCAACCCGACCCCACUAUCACGCGCAUGCAGCUGCAAAAUGCCGACCAACAUCAACGACGCCGAUUUCGAUGUCGAUACCGCGACUCCCCUCGAGAACAGCGACGGCCCGACCGAAAUGAUUGCCUGCUUGGUGGUUUGCAACUUGUCGCGAUGUCUCACGCAGCGAUCGACCUUGAGUCACGCCAUGUUCGUCGUCAAAAAGAGUGCCGUAGCAGACGAACUCAGUCGAGCUCACAGCAUCGAGCUGGAGAAGUUCGUUGUGAGUUCUGAAAAGUGUUUGGAGGAUAUCGUGGAGCGUUAUUGCGACCCGAGCGCGGGGAAUCUGCACGUCACGGCCUUACAGCUGAAAAAUGCCAUGGUCAACAAGAUUCGAAUCAUGGCGUGCAAGCCCAAGGGGGCUGUAGAGCCGCCGCCCGAGGAGAAAGGAGACAUCCUGUUUCGUGUUUCACUCGAGGCGGCUGAACACGUUGUGAAUCAACUUCAAGUGAUGGAAGGCUGGAACUUUGUGUGGUUUGUUCUUCAAUACCUCGAGUACGACUUAUUCCUUCACCUGAUCAGUCGACUUUGUCUCCAGUCGACGGGCGACUUGGUCGAUCGAGCAUGGACGGUGCUGCCCGUCAUUUAUCACUACCAGGAAGACUACUUCGAAAUGUCGGUCCACCCAUAUGCCGUCGCUGGAGCGGUCCUCGUCAGGGCGUGGAGACAUAGGCAGGAGAGCUUGCCCUCCCAGUUAGGCUACCUGCCCCCGACCCCGGAUUACGUCCAAAGGAUUGAACAGUGUUUGGCAGCCAACAGUUCAGUCGGCAGCUCCCCUCCCGAGCUAUUACCCCCAUCAGGAGAGACUGCGCCAGAUACCACUGGGUUCGAGGACUCGGAAUGGGGAUGGAACUUACCCAGGUUCAACAUGGACAGCUACGAUCUCGAAUACGUAGUAGGAGAAGAUUCUUUGGCAUGGCCUCCGCCUCAGUAAAGACUGGAGUGGUCAAUUCCGGGUGCUAGUCAUGAGAAUCUCCAGAGAAGAGAAAGGGCCAGACUGCGAGGCAGUGUCCAUCUCUUCGCGGCCAGGAGAAUAGCAUAAAGAAUCAUACUCGGAAGUUGUGGCUAGAGCCUCAAUAACCUGCAGAUAGAAGAGAAUCCCCGAAUGACCAAUCGCCUAUCAUCGAUUUCUCAUGUAUUCCCUAUCACGAUCAUCCUGUUAUGGCUAUCUUUCGUUACAGCUUAUCGGGCCUCAUUGCUCUUCCACAAGGCUGUUCUUGAAUCGACCAAUCCUGUUGAGGCUC